AUGGGCAAGGACCUACCAUAUGCAAUUGACGUAGAGGUGCCAAUUACAGCCGGGGAGCUGCAGGUGCUGCGGCGGCAGUACGAGCGCGAGGGCAGCAAGGUGCGGGUACAGACAAAGUUCAACUAUGCAUGGGGGCUGGUGAAGUCGUCUGCACGACACGAGCAGGAACUUGGGGUGCAGCUGCUGCACGAGAUCCACAAGGAGUUCCCGGAGCGCAAGCGCGAGUGCAUGUACUAUCUGGCGCUCGGGUACUACAAGAUGGGAGAGUACGGGAGCGCACGGGCAUUCAAUGAGCAGCUGCUGGCGUUGGAGCCACAGAACAAGCAGGCAAUGUCGCUGCGCUCGGUGAUUGAUCACAAGGUCAGCCAGGAGGGGCUGCUGGGCAUGGCAAUGACGGGCGGAGUGGUUGCACUGGCAGGGGUGGUUGCGGCGGUGCUGUUCAAGCGGGCAAAGUAG